AUGAGCAAUAAAUUUGAAUACAUAGAAGCAUUUCACUCAGAACUUGGCCACUAUUAAAUCAUUUGUUUAUAUCCAUUAAUUUAAGAGUACUACCAUGUUCAUUAUGAUCUGACAUGUGCCAUAGCCAAUUUCAUCAAUUAAUAUAGUGAUUUAUGCAUAUUUAAAAUUUUCAACGCUGAGUCAAGAAAAAAAUAUGAGUAAGAUGGUAACUAAUAAGAAUAAGGAGAGCGAUAACCUAUACAAGCAUAACCAGAAUAAUAAGUAUAAUAAGAUUAUGAUAAUAUUAUUUGGGAUCUCUAUGAAACUAAUUAAAACUAAGUAAAAGUGAAUAACAAAUUCAAAAUCUUACAAAGCCACAUGAAAAAUUUCAAAGAACAACUUUUUAUACAAUUCUCUUAUUGGAACAUUGAUUAAAAGGUUGGAUAUUUAAAAAAAUGCAAUAAGAUAAUUGAUUAUAUAGAAGAGAAGUAAAAGAAUAUAAUGAAUAAAAAUACUGAUACUUAAUUUUUGGAAGAGGACGUUGUAAAAUUUAUAGAACAAGAAUUGAAAACGAAUAAGAAUGAAUAAAUAAUAUGA